UCCAUGUGUCACGCUGACGCCAUCAGCUCCGCUCCCCACUCAGGCUGGUGACUUGCGGGCUGUUGUUGACUCGCAGACUGGUGACUGGUUACGGACUCAUUCCUCCUCCAGAGAAAGACUUUCACUUUAAUCGACUCACUCGCUUCAACCGAUAGAUAGUGACCAUGGUGUGCGGCGGGUUCACCUGCUCUAAGAACGCACUGUGCUCCCUGAAUGUGGUGUACAUGAUGGUCGGGCUGCUGCUCAUAGCAGUGGCGGCCUGGGGCAAGGGCUUCGGCCUGGUGUCCAGCAUCCACAUCAUCGGGGGGGUGAUCGCAGUGGGCGUGUUCCUGCUGCUCAUCGCCAUGGUGGGGCUGGUGGGGGCCGUCCACCACCACCAGGUCAUGCUCUUCUUUUACAUGGUCAUCCUCUUCAUCGUCUUCCUGUUCCAGUUUGGGGUGUCCUGCUCCUGCCUGGCCAUGAACCGCGGCCAGCAGGAGACCCUGCUGAACUCGGCCUGGGGGAUGCUGCACAACAGGACCAAGUUGGAGCUAGAGAACAAGCUCAACUGCUGCGGCCUGCUGGACACCAACGCCACCCAUGCACAGUUUGACCUGGACGUCUCCACCUGCAACGCUCCCUGUAAGCAUACCAGCUGCUUACAGUGCGGGGACAUGAUGCUGGACCACGCCAGCGAGGUGCUGAAGAUCCUGGGCGGGGUGGGGCUCUUCUUCAGCUUCACCGAGAUCCUGGGCGUCUGGCUGGCGGUCCGCUACAGGAACCAGAAGGACCCCCGGGCCAACCCCAGUGCCUUCCUAUAGUUGACCCCUCCGCACCCUCCGUCCCCGCACCCCCCCCGUCAGAGCAGUCUGUAGGUCCACUGGUACACGUAGAACCCCCCUGUAGGCAGACCUCAUCUGGGUGUCGCACCAACUACCCGCACUGGUAGCCUGUGGCUGCUGGAUGUAAUCAACCCUUCUUCAAUAUUGCCUUUCCCUUUUGGUUUUGUGCCAAAUUCCCUUACAUUGGGUCUGAGGACCCUGGGAUACUCGGUGGGGAACUGACAGGUCUAUCCUGGUGACGGUGUCCAGACACCGGCUGGAUCUGAGUAGCGGAGAUCCCAUCGCAGCUCUCUGUAGAGUCUAGCCUUGAUUGCAUGUGUCCUUGUACAUACGUGCCCCAAGCCCCUUUAUUUGCCACGGUUGCGUUUCCUUAGCCAACGUGAUACUGCGUCUUCUCUUCUACUAACUGGUAUGCACCUUCUUCCCAAUACCUCCUCAGUCUGUAACUCGCCCACAGUUACCUGUGUGUCACGGUCCAGUGUUGACGGUAGGGGCGGGCCUGUACCUGUGUGGGUCGGUCCAAUGUUGACGGUAGGGGCGGGCCUGUACCUGUGUUGGUCGGUCCAAUGUUGACGGUAGGGGUGGGUCUGUACCUGUGUCACGGUCCAAUGUUGACGGUAGGGGUGGGUCGGUCUAUAAUGACUAGGGGUCGGUCGUGUGUGGGGCGGUCCAAAGAUGACGGUAGGGGUGGGUCGGUCUAUAAUGACUGUAGGGGUGGGUCUGUACUUGCGUGGGACAGUCCAAUGAUGACGGUUGGGGUGGGUCGGUCUAUAAUGACUGUAGGGGUGGGUCGUGUGUGGGACGGUCCAAUGUUGAUGGUAGGGGUGGGUCUGUACCUGUGUGUCACGGCCCAAUGAUGACGGUUGGGGUGGGUCGGCCUAUAAUGACUGUAGGGGUGGGUCGUGUGUGGGACGGUCUAAUGUUGACGGUAGGGGUGGGUCGGUCUAUAAUGACUGUAGGGGUGGGUCGUGUGUGGGACAGUCCAAUGAUGACGGUAGGGGUGGGUCGGCCUAUAAUGACUGUAGGGGUGGGUCGUGUGUGGGACGGUCUAAUGUUGACGGUAGGGGUGGGUCGGUCUAUAAUGACUGUAGGGGUGGGUCGUGUGUGGGACGGUCUAAUGAUUGAGUUGAGGUAUCAUGGGACAGGCAGAGCUUUUGAAGGAUGGAAGGUAAACAUCAUGCGUGUGAAGUAAUUUAUUAACCUGUGUGGAUGCUCUUUAUUCAUAGUUUUCCGAUGUGCUGAAGCCAGGAACGCUGAGAUUUAUUUGGGGGUUUUGGGAGCUAGGUAAUUUGAGUAAAACCGUGUUCAACUCUUUCUGAACUUGUGAACCUGAGCCAACUCACUGAAACAGUCCCGGUGGGUGGAAUACCAAGGUACAGCCGCCUCCAUCUUGUACAUAGUGUUUUGUAUAGUUGAUGAACUCAUGUUGGGUUUAGCCUGUGGUCCACCAUCCAGUAGGAGGCGCUGAGGACAACUAUCCAUCCUUUGUAUGUCUAUGUUCCUUUUAAGGUCUGCUUAGCGUACAGUCCUCCGUUAACAGCGUCACUUCUUAUGAAACUGGAAGACAGAGGAGGAAUUUGGUUGGUGCUGUUGAUUUAAAUUCAUCAGGAAUUUGGGUUCAUAGACAAUGAGAUUGUGCUAUUCUGUUAACUCUGCUUUAGUACAUUGGUCGCACUGCUGGUUUCCUUUUUUUAAUAUUUCUUUUGUCUUUUUGCCAAUAUAUGUUAACUAUUGCCAUUCUUUAAACAGUGUUAAAAUAUUUGUGAAAACAUUGAUGUAUUUGCUGAAUCUAUUUAAGUGCUGAUCAUGCACAUUAGGUUACAAUGUUUUGAUUUUAAGAUUUGUACUUGCUAUGUAAUUAUUUGUUGUUCUCCAGUGAAACACUUUCCCGUUGAGAAAUUAUGGCUUGUAUAUUCAUCUUUAGGCUUUUCAGUGACACUACACAUCAAAUUACCUCCGGUGUGUGAACCUUCAUGUUUGCUUGGGGUUGUUGCAGUUUCAAAUAGCUUUUUAACAUUUGAUUAGUGAUCCAUCACUCCGUACAGCACACCUUCUCAAAGUUUGUCAAAUGUUCUGUCUUGGUUUCAUUUUUGUCUUAAUUUUCAAAAUAAAUGAAACCUCAAAUUGGA